UUUAGUUGACCAUUUCUCACCUCAAAUGGUUGUUUAAAAUGAAACGUUACAUUUAUUUUCACAAUGUAUUAGCAAUGUAAACAUAUCUUCAAUUUAUAUAAUAAGUUCAAAUACAUAAGUUGUGCAUUGUAUUUUUCAAACACAGUGCAUAUAGCUGGAUACAUUCUAGUUAACACAGCUGUUUCAUGUUUUUAUAUAGUUUCGCAAUAAAAAUAUAAUCAACAACAGACCUGCCAACUCAAAAAAAAAAAGAACUAGCUCGAAAUGUUUAGCCCGCAUGUUUAAAUUGAUCUCUACUCUUUACAUUUUGUACAAUGUAUAUUCCAUGAAUACUGGCCGUAGAAAAGUGUUCCUUUUGAUAAGAAAAAUACAUUGAUUGAAAUGAAGAUACACUGAGCAUGUUCGCAAAAGAAAAACACCCGAUAUCAACCGAAGGUUGCCGUACGAUGUUAUAAUGUAUAGGGGCAUUAAAAGCAAACGAACGAACAGCACAUGUUCAUUACUCUAAAUGAGCUCGAGUUCCCAAGUCAUACAGUCUUCCGCCUCAGUAUGUUUCAGACCCCAAUAAAAUUACCAGUGUUCUUACCAAAAAUUCUACAACGAGUAUUAUUCUGCCUGAUUGCCGGUGGGAUAAUGUUGUUAUUUGUGGCAUCCCCAACUGAUGACAAUGAUAUGCCAGCCAACUUUAAGCCGUUUCCAUGUUUUAUGGAUGCAGACGAUGAGAAUACAGAUGAUAGCAUCAUAAGACUGGACGAUGUGCUCCGUGCAGAUGUAAAACCCACACAAGGGAAAAACAUAUUCUUCCACGAGACGAGUUGUCAUCCGCCAGGAUCGAAGUACAUCAUGAACUUGACAGCCAGACAGGCGUGUUCCAUUGAAUCGGCAGCAUUGCACAAUCCAAACUUUGGGGUAUUCGUGCUCUUUGCAAGUCCCACCUAUCUACCUGGAGCUGAAAGUCCGAAGUUACCACUGAUUGAGGCUCUUCAAAGCUACAAGAAUGUGCAUCUGCGUCAAUUGAAUAUUUGGCGGUAUGCGAAGGGCACACCAGCCGAGGAAUGGGUCAAUAAAGGAGAUCUGUUUGAUUCAAGCUAUUUAAAGGAACACGUAUCGGAUUAUCUGCGUAUAUUGAGCCUCUAUCGCUUUGGCGGAAUCUACUUGGACAUUGAUGUUGUCGUAUUGCGUACCAUGGAAAAUAUUCCAUUGAACUAUGUGGGAGCAGAGGAGCCUGGUGCGCUAUGCAAUGCAGUCUUUAGUCUGGAUUCCACGGGCAUAGGACACGAGAUUGCCGAACUAUGCUUAAACGACUUUCAAGAAAAUUUCAAUGGACAAGGCUACAUCUCUAAUGGACCCAGUUUAGUUAUGAGAAUGACAAAACAAGUUUGCAACUCAACAUCGAUCGAGGAAAUUGUGGCAGAGCAGAGAAAUUGUAACGGUUUUCGAGUAUUCAAUACGACGGCAUUUUAUCCGAUUCCUUGGCCAGCAUGGCGUCGAUUCGUUGAGCCGCAAUAUCUCAAUGAAACAUUAGAACAGACAAAGGAUUCGUAUUUAAUACAUUUGUGGAAUAAGGUAUCGAAGGAGCUGAAAUUUAAAAAGGGCGAUGACACUGCCUACGGAAAGUAUGCUCAAGAACACUGUCCCAAGGUCAAUGCGGCAGCUGACGAAUACUUUUAAAUAUCUAUAAGUACCGAAUAUUCUUAAUUGUGUGUAGUUACUACGUAGGAAAACACUUAUGACGAGCAGUAGAAGUUCAAACGUGGCCGGCAAAUAUUAUUUGACAAUUUCUCACCUUAAAUGGCCAUUGCCAUUAGUUAAUUAAUUUAUCUUAAUUUCCCUAUUUUAAAAUGUCUAAUCGUUUGCAACGGUAACACAUUUUAAUGUUUGACUAAUAUAAAUAACUAUUUGGUUAUUUAAUGUCACUUAAGAACUCAACUUUAUUAGUUUUGCGCGCAUUGCAAGUUAAGCUUAUACACGCCUUAUAAUUUACUCCUAAUACUGUUACUCAAUAGCUCUGUUAACUCCACACGCAAAUGUUACAGUAUUCUUCACGGGAACUGUGACUGAGCUCACUAAAAUACUAAUGUGAUAAUGUGAUGUGGCCAUUGAAAUUUGUAUGAAAAGACUUAAACCUUUCUGAAAUGAAUAUAUUUUACAAUUAUUACACAUCCAUUGUUGAAAUUAAAAAUAUGUAUUGAGUACAUGGUAU